GUGAAGUUGUUGAUACUCGAGUGGAUUGUAGUUUUAUUCCAGCGUUUUAGUACAUUAAAAAAAAAAAAGUUAAUUACUUUUCUUACCCGCCAUGUCUUUCUCAAGAGCACCAUUAAAGAGGUUUAACGAGCAAGUUGGCUGUGCCCCUCCACCUGGUACCUAUGAUGUGAAGUCUGGUGAACUGAAGGGAGCUGCAUCAUUUCAUAAAGCGGAGCGCUUCAGAGCUGCUGCCAAAACAGAUUUACCUUCACAAUCACCCUCAGAAGAAGUUCCAAUGUCUCCAGUACGGAGGACUAUGUCUGUUGAUGGUUUGGAAUUUAGUUCCAAAAAGGAUAAAAAUGCCUUCACACUUGAGAUGAAACAUCAGAGACUACUAGAGAAAGAGAUUCGUUCUUUGGUGCAGCAGAGAGGAGAACAGGACCGUAGAAUGCUCACCCUUGAGGAAGAGCUGAAGAAGCUGGAGUCUAAAUUACUUGCAGCUGUCAGAGAGAAGACUGGCCUUGCAUCCAAUGUGGCUUCUCUUGAGAGGCAGCUUGCAGAGUUGAAGAAAGCUAAUGAGUUUCUGAAGACCAAGGUCUCUGCUGAUAUCACCAAGAAGAAAAUCAAUGCACUUACCAUGGAGCUCAUUGAGGCCAAAAAUAAAUUGGAUGCCAAAGACAAGGAGCUGAGCUACCUACAGAUCAGCUCAGAGGGUAAAGUGAAGGUCUUGGAAACUGAUCUGGAGACUGCCAGAACCACUUUUAGGGUUCUCCAGGAGAGGAACAAGGAUCUUGAGGACCUUCAUCAAGAGACAAAAAUUCAAAAUGAGCAUCUUGAGGAUGAAAUGGAUAAACUGCAUGCCAUAAUCCAGGAGCUGAGACAGGAGAUCAAGGCACUGCAGAGUUACCUGGACUCAGCAAAUGAAGAGAUUCAGAGCUGCUUGUUUGAGAUGAGCCUUCUGUCUCACUCGUCAAAGGAUUUGCGGAUUAAGCUUCAGGACAAAUCCAACGUGGAGCGCUCUGUCGCUGAUGCUCAAGAGAACCUCAGUGACAUUGAGCAGAAGUUGGAGAAAUGUACUGGAGAACUGAAUGUCUGUCAGGAGGUGCUAAUGGUAAAGGAAGAGGAGCUCCAGAAGUUUCAGCAGGAGCUGCAGGACUCCCAAAAGGAUCUUGAGGAGAAAGAGAGGAAGAUUGAGCAGCAUGUGAAUGAGUUGCAGUCCUCUAGGAAUUCACUGAAAGAGCUGGAAGAGCAGAUGCAGCAGGGAGCACAGGAUCUUGAGGAGUCUCAGAUCUUGGUACAGCAGCAGGAGCAAGAGCUGGCUCGCGUGAAGGAGAUCCUGAGGAGAACCGAGGAGGAGCUGGAUCAGCGUGUGGCACUCAUGGGUGAGCGCUGCUUGGUGCUGGAGGACGAAAGAGCCAGGACACAGGAGGAGGGUCUGCGAAGGGUACAAGAGCUCAAGGCAGAGAUCAGUUCAUUGGAGGAGAUUAGAAAGACUGAGGAGGAGGCACGUGAAAAGCUAAAGGAGGAACAUUCUUCACUGACCAAACAACUGGAGGAAGAGAAGGCUCACAGCAGCUCCCUGGCCAGCAUGCUUGAGUGCCUAAAAGAUGAGACUGAAUCUGAGAGGAGACAGCUGGGUGAGGAACUGGAGGAUGCACUUGAGGAGCUGUCAGAGCUGGAGAAGCAGGAACAGUGCAGUGAGGAGGCCAUCCAGAAGCUCACACAGGAAAAACAAACACUGGAGCAAGAACUAAAGAAGACCUGCACUGAGCUAGAGAGGAAGUGUGAUGAGGUGCAAGCCUUGGAACAGGCUCAUGUGAUGGCAAUGAAGAAACUAGAAGAGGAUCACCACAACUGUCUCGCCAAGCUAGGAGACAUGUCCACCGACCUUGAGAGCACUAGACAAUGUCUGGGAAAGCAGAAAGACCAGGCUGACGCCCAAACUCUACAGCUGGAGGAAGAAGUUAACAAACUCAACCAACAGUUGCAAGAUGACCAGCAGAAAUUCAUAAAUUACCAGCAAAUGCAGGAUAAACAGCGAGAGGAGUAUGCUAGGAUGCUUUUAGAACUUCAGACUAAACUGGCUCAGACAGAGGAAGUGUUGAAGCAUGCAGCAGAGACACAAAGUAAGGAGCUGAGUCGCCUGCAGGCAGAGGUGGAGCAGGAGAGAAGAGAGAGGGAGCGGGCUCAGACUCAACUGCAAGAUGAACAGAAGAGGAGGGAGUCUGUGGAUGCCAGCAGGCUGCAGUGCCUUGUGGAGGAUCUGGAGGCAGAGGUUUCUGAGCUGCACAGGCAGGUGGGCGAGGAAAGAGCCACUGCUCAAUGUCACGCUGCAGCAUGGCAGCAGGAGAGACAACAGCUAUACAGACAGAUGGAGGAGGAGAGACAGGACUUCCGCAAACAAACUGUAGAGGCACAGCUGCAGAGCAAAUGUAACGCUGAGACUGAGCACUGGAGAAACUUGUAUGAAGAGCUCUAUGCUAAAGUUAAACCAUUUCAGGAACAGCUGGACAGCUUUGCAGCAGAGAGGAACGCCUUGCUGAAUGAAAAAGGUUCUACGCAGGCUGAGCUGAACAAGUUAGCUGAUGCUUACGCCAAUCUGAUGGGCCAUCAAAACCAGCGACAGAAGAUCAGGCACAUGGUCAAACUCAAAGAGGAGAACUUUGAGCUCAAACAAGAGACGUCUAAGCUCCGAACACAAGUUGGAAAACAGAAGCAAGAGCUGGAUCGACUCAAGUCAUGCCAGGCGUCUCAUAGAUUCGACCCCAGCAAGGCUUUUAAACAUGAGCACAAAGAAAACCAGCAGCCAACCACAGUUCUUACACCGGGUAACAAGAAACUGCAUUAAACUUUUUUGGAGUGACCCUGGAAGACUUUUCAAAUAUUUUAAGUUUAACAUGAACACUGUGACGGGAUAGUCCAGCACAUAAAUGUCUUGACUGUGUCCCUCAGAAUUUAGAUCUUAUUUAUGUAUGUUAUAUUUGUGUUUUUGCUGAUGUAAUACAGAGACAAUUAGGCUAAAGCAUUGACAUCUCCCUUUCUUACCACUGAUGUAAUGUGAAAAUAUUAUUUACUUAAGGUUUUCAGUAAUCUAGUUUUGUUCAGCACUGGGUAUGUUAAUAAAGUUCAGAGUUGGUUACAUUUUUAUUAGGAUAAAAUUCCUUAUACAUUGUUUAAGGAACUGUUCAGAUUUAUUCAUCUUAGUCUGGAAGUCUAUUUGUCGGUAUAUUGUCAGCAUUUGUUCUUUUGAUUUAUUGUUGUUAGUUUUAGUUAGUUUGCUUUUCUUCUGUCAGUAGGUACCACAAUGUACUACAAACCCCUUUUAUCAAUUUUAAAAAGGUAGAAAGUUGAUUGCCUUAUUUUUUUUUUUUAAAUAAAAGAC